AUGGACCAGGACAAUGUGAAUAGUUUGGACCGGGACAGGUUGAACAUUAUGGACCUGGACAGGUUGAACAGUAACUACGAUGACAGGGUGAAGAGUAUGGAUCAGGACAGGGUGAACAGUAUGGACCAGGACAGGGUGAACGGUAUGGACCAGGACAAGGUCAACAGUAUGGACCAGGAUAGGGUGAACGGUAUGGCCUAUUACAGGGUGAACAGUAUACACGAGGACAGCGUGAACAGUAUGUACCAGGACAGUGUGAACACUAUAAACCAGGACAGGAUGAACAUUAUUGACCAGGACAGGGUGAACAGUAUGGUCCAGGACAGGGUGAACAGUAUGAAUCAGGACAGGGUGAACAGUAUGGACCAAGACAGGGUGAACAGUAUUGAGGAGGACAGGGUGAACAGUAUAUACCAGGACAGGGUGAACAGUAAAGACAAGGACAGGGUGAACAGUAUGGACCAGGGCAGGGUAAACAGUAUACACCAGGACAGGGUGAACAGUAUGGACCGGAAGAAUGUGAACACUAUUGACCAGGACAGGGUGAACAGUAUGGACCAGGACAGGUUGAGCAGUAUGGACCAGGACAGGGUGAACAGUGUGGACCAGGACAGAGUGAACAGUAUGGACCAGGACAGGGUGAACAGUAUGAACCAGGACAGGGUGAACAGUAUGAACCAGGACAGGGUGAACGGUAUUGACCAGGACAGGGUGAACAGUAUCGACCAGGACAGGGUGAACAGUAUGGAUCAGGACAAUGUGAACAUUAUGGACCAAGACAGGGUGAACAGUGUGGAGCAGGACAGGGUGAACAGUAUGGAACAGGGCAGGGUGAACAGUAAACACAAGGACAGGGUGAACAGUAUGGACCAGGACAGGGUAAACAGUAUACACCAGGACAGGGUGAACAGUAUGGACCAGGAGAAGGUGAACAGUAUUGACCAGGACAGGGUGAAAAGUAUGGACCAAGACAGGGUACACAGUAUGGACCAGGAUAGGGUGAACAGUAUGGACCAAGACAGGGUGAGCAGUAUGGACCAGCACAGGGUGAACAGAAUGGACCAGGACAGGGUGAACAAUAUGGACCAGGACAGGGUAAACAGUACACACCAGGACAGGGUGAACAGUAUGGACCGGGACAGGGUGAACAGUGUGGACCACGACAGAGUGAACAGUAUGGACCAGGACAGGGUGAACAGUAUGAACCAGGGCAGGGUGAACAGUAUGAACCAGGACAGGGUGAACAGUAUUGACCAGGACAGGGUGAACAGUAUCGAACAGGACAGGGUGAACAGUAAACACAAGGACAGGGUGAACAGUGUGGACCAGGACUGGGUAAACAGUAUACACCAGGACAGGGUGAACAGUAUAUACCAGGACAGGGUGAACAGUAAAGACAAGGACAGGGUGAACAGUAUGGACCAGGACAGGGUAAACAGUACACACCAGGACAGGGUGAACAGUAUGGACCGGGAGAAUGUGAACACUAUUGACCAGGACAGGGUGAACAGUAUGGACCAGGACAGGGUGAGCAGCAUGGACCAGGAAAGGGUUAACAGUGUGGACCACGACAGAGUGAACAGUAUGGACCAGGACAGGGUGAACAGUAUGAACCAGGGCAGGGUGAACAGUAUGAACCAGGACAGGGUGAACAGUAUUGACCAGGACAGGGUGAACAGUAUCGAACAGGACAGGGUGAACAGUAAACACAAGGACAGGGUGAACAGUGUGGACCAGGACUGGGUAAACAGUAUACACCAGGACAGGGUGAACAGUAUGGACCAGGAGAAGGUGAACAGUAUUGACCAGGACAGGGUGAACAGUAUGGACCAAGACAGGGGUGAACAGUAUGGACCAGCACAGGGUGAACAGAAUGGACCAGGACAUUGUGAAGAGUGUGGUCCAGGACAGGGUGAACAAUAUGGACCAGGACACAGUGAACAAUAUGGACCAGGACAGGGUGAACAGUAUGGAAUAGGACAGGGUGAACAAUAUGGACCAGGGCAGAGUGGACAGUAUGUAAAAGUACAGGGUGAACAGUAUGGACCAGGAAAGGGUGAACAGUAUACACCAGGACAGGGUGAACAGUAUACACCAGGACAGGGUGAACAGUAUAGACCAGGAAAUUGUGAAGAGUAUGGUCCAGGACAGGGUGAACAGUAUGGACCAGGACAGCGUCAACAUUAUGGAACAGGACAGGGUGAACAGUAUGGACCAGGACAGGGUGAACAAUAUGGACCAGGACAGGGUGAACAGUAUGGACCAGAACAGGGCGAACAGUAUGGACCAGGACAGGGUGGACAGUAUGUAAAAGGACAGGGUGAACUGUAUGGGCCAGGACAGGGUGAACGGUAUGGAUAUGGACUGGGGGAACAGUAUGGACCAGGACAGGGUGAACAGUACGACUAA